GUGCAUCUCUAAAAUAAUUCAACCUGGCAAAUUCUGAAGUUUAGAGUUUACUGAAAAAUUAAGUGAUUUUUACUUUCUGUAUUUUGUACUUUUUGUGUUCUAAAAGCAUUUGUUACUAUAUAAAUUAUACGUGUGUAUAAUAACUAGUAACUAGCAAUUAACUAUUAAAUCAGACAAAUGUCAGAAGUAACUGUCAAACCACUCGUUGGACCAUACAGUCUCGGUGAAGGUCCUCAUUGGGAUUGUGCUUCUCAAAAAUUAUAUUUCGUUGAUAUACUUGCCCAGAAAGUACUCAGAUUUGACCCUGUAACAGGUACUCUUACAUCUGUUUUUGUAGAAAAUGGACCAGUUGGAUUUGUUAUUCCUGUUGAAGGUAGCACCAACAACUUUGUUGUUGGAUCUGGUAUAGAUGUAAUGCUAUUUUCUUGGAAUAGUGAAAAAGAUCUUGCAAAAUGUACACCUCAAACAUUGACUACUGCAGAUGGUAAGAGAGCAGAGAUCAGAUGGAAUGAUGGAAAAGUAGAUUCUUCUGGAAGAUUAUGGGCUGGAACAAUGGGUCUUGAAAAGGAUGGAGAUAUUCCAUUUGAUGCGGGAUCUUUUUAUUCUAUGGGUGAUGAUCUUUUAUUGAAAAAACAAAUAUCUCCGGUAUCCAUAAGUAAUGGAUUAGCCUGGAAUCCUGAUAAUGAUAUAUUUUAUUAUAUUGAUUCAUUUACGUAUCAGGUUGUGGCAUAUGAUUACAAUUGUCAGACAGGAACCAUAUCAAAUAAGAAGAUUGUUUUUGAUUUUAAAAAAAAUAAUAUUCCUGGAUUACCAGAUGGUAUGACCAUAGAUACGGAUGGAAACCUCUGGGUUGCUAUGUUUAACGGAGGUUGUGUUCUCAAUAUUAAUCCGAAAACGGGCGAAUUGUUGCGUUUUGUUAAGAUUAACGGUGCCAACAACGUAACAAGUGUUGCUUUUGGUGGUCCUAAUCUGGAUAUCUUAUAUGUAACAACAGCGACCGUGAAAUUAAACGAAAAUCAGUUAAAAGAGCAACCACAUGCUGGUUACUUAUUUGCCAUCAAAGGUUUGGGUGUUCGCGGUUUUCCUGCAAAUUCGGUUAAACUACCAAAUAAAUUAACAUAGAUGUACAUAUAAAUAUUUAAAAUAUUGUAUAAAUAUAUAAAACAUUUUUUUAAUAUUAAAUUACUAGCAUAAUGAAUUUGUAGAUUAUAUAUAUAUAUAUAUAUAUAUAUAAAAGUUACAUUUUUAAUAGUUUUUGCAAAGAAAUAAACUAUAAGCUAGAAAAAGAUUAUUUUGAGUUUCUUAUUUGAAAUAAACAAUACUAUAUAUAUGUACAUAUAUACUGUUUUUUAAUAAAAAAGAUCUAUAAAUUAUUCAUUAAAAAUGUACAAGUGUUUUGCUAAUGUUUAAUUAUAGUUGCCUAUCCUUUUUUUUACGUACAAAGAAAAUUGUAUUGAUUAUUGAAUUUAUAGAGUAGAAAAAUAAUAUAUCAUUUUAUUAAUAUGCAAGAACGUUUCCUUGGAAUUAUAGUGAAAUUAUAUUCGUUAUUGUGUUGCUAUUUCAAUCUUUACGAGAACUUUGUGAAAAGUAGUGAUAUUCAAGCAUUGUCAUCCUGAGGCUUGUCAUCCUAACUAGUGAAAAAUUAAAUUUUCACUACUUUUUUCUUGAGAUACAGAUAGCCUCUUAGAUAUAUGUAUAAUUUAUGGAAAAAUUCCAUGUCAAUUAUUUUCAUACUUUAGAAUACAUCUAUUAUUAUCUAUUUUCACGUGUGAUAAUUAAACCGUUCAUAUAGAAUGAUUCCAUUAGGCACAGAAGUGAGAAGGCUAGCGAACGAAGGCUAUUUCAGUCGUUCUUGAUGGAAAUAAAGCUGUACACUGCAAAAACGUUAGAAAAUAUUAUUUGCAUGACUAUGUACCUUAUCAUAUAUAUACCACGAUCAUUGUAAAUUGCGGAUGACAAAUUGCAUUCAGCAUGAACAAUACAUCAAUGAACGAAACUGAAGAAUGGGAUGAAAAAAAAAAAAAUUAUGAAGAAAAGGAUGAAAUACUAAAAAUGUUCUCAUAGUGACGAUUUAAUCGUCUAAUGUUAUAAUUUCAACACUAUCAUUAGUGGAUUUCUCUCCUUUCUUGCUAGAAACAUUACUCGACUUUCCUCUUGGAGUUGGAGAUGUCGCUUGAGGCUGUGUCUGAUUCUCUGUAGGUGGUUUGUCAAGGCUGGAGAAGAAUUUGUUUAAAACCGUCCGAUUGUAAUUAUAAUCAUUACAAUACUUUGUAGCAGUUUCCAAAACAUUUCCUUCCAAAUUCUAUUAAAACAGAUAUAAGAUAUCAAAUAAAAUAAUCAUGUACUAACGAUUAUAAUAUAUGUUCUAUUCAAAAUCUUCACUUACUUUAUUGCCGAUAUACGUUUUAUAUGUAUCCACCAACAAAGAAGCAAGUGUUUGUAUAGUUUGCUCCUUAGUUUGAAAACUUUUUAAAGCUCUCUGAUAAACCCAAUAUGUGUCAAGAAGUACUUGAGUUCUAGCAUCUGUAUUUGUGUUGGAUGCAAGAUCAGAG